AGGAACACUCUUCAUCGGUGCAAUGAACGUGUAAGACCGUCAGCCUCUGGGAGGGGGACAGCUGCGGCAAAAAUAUACAAUUCACCUGUUGGGAACCAACCCAUUGCCAGUGUGUUUGUUCCUAAGCCAGCCAUCAUGAGGGAGGAGAGUGGCAUGCCUCCGCCCUGGGACGCUUCCCUGCUGGAGAGUGAGUUUUUCCAAGUUUUAGAUGAUUUGGACAGCAAGCUGGCUCAGGAACAAUCUGCAGGCUUGAUGAAUACCAGAAUGCCAUUCAACUAUGGAUCAAGAACACAGUUCAAGUUGUCUCAUAGGAACAGGCAUAGUCAUAGCAUAGGAAGGCAUCAAAACUACCAUAGCGAAACUUCCAACAUGUCUAUCUACGAUAUCCUGAGACCUGGAGCUCCUAGAGAAGGCUUUAAAACCUUUUCUCCUAGGACAAAGACAAUUUAUGAUAUGUAUAGGUCCAGGGAGCCCAGAGUCUUAAAGGAAGACUUCAUGCAAAAGAAUGCAUUUGGUAGUACUUCUCUGUGCUUUGACAGCCGGCAAAGAUCAGCCUCGCCUGCCACAGGGCGUUUUACUGCCAGGAGUUUACACUUUCCAGCCGAUACUCAAAAUAAGAGUAGUUUUACACCAGUGAGACACCAGCAAAGCCCCAAAAGGACUCCUUUAUCAUCCAUCAUAUGGAAUCGGUCAGAUGCUUCUAGACAUAGGCAGAAUCAGGAAGAGUCACUAGGGGCCCCGGUACCAAUGGACACCGACCCUGCUGUGCAGUAUCCGUCUCCUAGGUGCUUCCAGGAAAGUGGGGGGUAUGAGGUGUGCCAUUCACAGAACGCUUACCACAGCUACUCUUUCAAUGUCCCCGUGGAUAAUGCAGUGAGUCCUGACACAUUGGAGAACUCAGAGAAUAUGCCAUUCUACCGUCAGCAUAACCCAUUUGCAAGGUCUUUCUUUAGCAGUACCUUCAGACAGAGCAGAGAACAGAGAUCUGGACAGAAUUCUUUUUGGAGCCGACAAGAAGAGCAUUCUUCCUGGUCUGACUUUCCCCAGAGCAGGAAGCCAUUCCCUUCUUCUGACAAGGACUUUGAAAUGAUUUCUAUCGAAGCAAACAGGGCACCAUCUGUUGGCAGUCAUGGUGUCCCUUCUCAGCACUGGAGGCCACGCUCUCCCGGCCGUGGAACAUAUGUUUUCAGAGGUCAAGAAGAUUCACAUUACUGGCGAUCUGAUUUUCAAGCAUCCCCACUGGAGAGCAUGGACACCUCACGUGUUAAUGAGAACCAAUUUCCACCCCAUUUUGUCACACCAGAUGGGUUCCCUGUAACUGACUCAAGCUACCACACCCAGUCUUCUGGCCUGGACUCUCAUCAGGGCCACUUCCCUGUAGAAGAAGCUGCAGAUGAGGAAUACUUGUUUGGCAAGGCUCAGACUCCAGUAUCUUCAUUCAGAACUCCCUUUCCCCUGAGCCCUGACGACAGAAGGGAGUCUCAGAGUUCCAGCUUCCAGAAUGCCACAGCUACAUUGCAGAAAAUAAUCCCUAGUAAGCCAGUCUUGCUUCCAAUAAGAAACUGUACAGAGGUUUCUGUGGCUUGUGGCCAUUCUACUGAAUCACUAUCUCUUUCUGAAACCCAGCCCAACAUCCUGGUCACAGAAAUGAACGGUGAGAAAGCUAUGGAUGUGUCUAUUUCAAAGGAUGACCAGCUAAACAAGAUGAACCAGAAGAACAGGCCAACUGAGUUACCCCAAUAUGUUUCACAGACAGUGAUCUCCAAUGAUCCACCUGAUUUUCAAAAUGCCCACUCCCAGGACUCAACCCCAAAUGACAGGUAUGACUUUAAUGCACCUGCCACAGAACAUUCCAGAAGAUCACCCAGGGUCUUUUCCAGGAAAGGUGCUUCCCAAAUUCAUAUAACACAAAGACAUCAAAGUGGUGAACUGAGCAAAAGUAAGGGUUUUCCCGGGGACAGGAGACCUGAUGCAGGAGCUUCCCUGCCUUUCAUUCAAGAAAGUGGAACACUGACAUCUCUUCCCAGCCCAAACCAAGGUUGUCACCAGAAAACAGGAAGUAAUGAAGACAGUUCAAGUACUAUUAAAAAUAGCCAUUGGUGCUUUGAACCCACGGCUAACCAAAAGUCACAGCCUCCCGAGGAGUCUGCUAUUUUAGAUCUUGAGCGGCAGCAAGGUCCUUCCAUUCAUUCUACCGAUGGCAGCAAGCUGGCGACCGGGCACAGCGUCUCACGAGGUCUUUUACAUGCAUCCUCAGAUGCACCCCAAGAUUCUUCCCUUGAUGCUCUUCCAAUACCUUUCAAUACAGUGUCCUCCAGGAGUCUUUCAGACCAAGAUCUAGGUCAAGAACAAAAAGAAGAAACAGACAGGGCCACCAAGAGCCAAAACAAUCAGCUGGCUGUAAAUUCCACAGAUGACCAAGAGUGUCGUGAGGGUCCUACACUUCCGCAUGAUGCUGUCCACGGCCACCCAUACUCUCCCUUCAAGAAUGGGAGGGGGAAGGGGAAAGUCAGGCGGCGCGUGUCCUGCAUUGAGAAGCUAACCAAAACAGAGAGUAGAGCGGCACCCACAAGAGAAGGCAGUAGCUGUGCUGAGGACCAAAACAGCGCCAAAGUUCCCGAGCUCAACACAGUCUAUUGCACCUUGCCAAGAAAACCGGCCAGCUUUCUCAUACACAGCAGGCAGCAGGAAAGUAAGGUAAUGACUGCUUCCGUUAGAAAUGGGCCACUUCCGUUCCAGAUAAAGAAUAAAGCGGAAGUUCCCACUGCGACGAGCACAUCUGACAAGCCCAGUUCUCCUGAAUCAAUGGGUGUUGCUGCAAAUUCAGUCAUGGGGACACCCAAAGCCACCAAGAAGAUGACAGAUAUGAAAGCCAUUAGAUCGGCCUCGGUUAGGAAAGGACCACUCCCUUUCCUCAUCAAGAGGGCGAUAUCAUGCCCUUCCGGGGAGCCACGCGCCUCCGCUGAAAGCGGUGAAAGAGGAAAGCCAUCAGUCCUGGACAUGGAUGCUUCUCCUGUAAUGCGCAGGCCUGGAGGGAGAAUCUUUAACUCUCUGGAGGGUGACUCAUCAUUUAGAGAGAGCACUUUCUCUGAAACGGAAUUUGCUCAAGAACACACUGGUCAGAAAAGUGAGCUUCCGGCCCCCAAAAUGAGUUCAUUUACCCUUUCAAACAAAACCCCCGAACCUUUGUGUGCAGCUGGAUCAGGAAAAGAGAGUGGGAAAGCAUUACAUAAGUUUAAGACAACCAGUAUGUUUUCUGUUUCUGGAGAUGAAGAGAAUGUGAAGUGUUUUGAGGUGGUUUCGAUAUAUUAUACUCUACCAAGGAAACCCAGCAAAAAAUUCUGCAGCCUCCUCCAGCAGUAUGCACAAGGUGCCGAUUCACUUAGAGAUGCUUUCCAGGGAGAGACUAAAGCAUCUCCUGAUGCUUUAGAAAUUAGUGAGCUGAAUUGCCCUGCACAAAUGCAGUCAAGAAUACCUCCACCGCAAGACCUAAAGAUGCAGGUUGACUCUGCUUCAUGCUCCCUCUCCCACAGCACUGAAAGUAAGGCUGUCUCCCAACUGCCAGACAGAGAGACUUCCAAAUGUACAUUAGAGGAAAUGGCUUCUGUGGGGCCAGAUGUUUCUCUUCAUAGAGAAGAAUGUAAGAGUGAAGAGAUUUCCCCAAGCAAUGUAUCUAAAACAGCCAUCGGAGAUUCACUAAGCAGGGAAAAGAGAAAGAAAGAACUGCUAAGACAAAUCCUGCAGACCCCCUUACUGCAUCAGGAAAAAGGUGCUGGAGAAGAAAACACUAAGAGUCAUCAACAGCCUCCUAAAGGAGGAAGCAGUGUUCCCACUGGUCUCCCAUCCCACUCAGAAGAUAAUGUUGAAAAUUCCCAAACCAGAAGAGAUUCCGAAAUGUGUGCAGGUGGCAUGGCCACUAUCUCAACAGGAAAUGGACAGUAUCCUUGGAGAGAUCAUGUGACUGCCAUUGUAGGUGACCAUUCUAGUAGGUCACAACCUAGGGAAACCAGUGGGACAACUGGGUCAGACUGCCAAAACCCGACUGACAAAAUGUUCUCUGACUCAGAAAGCCAAGCAUUGCGUAAGCUGCAGCUUGCAGAAGAGGCUCGGACAGGGGGAGCAGGUCUGCAGUCAGAACCCAGGCAGGCAGGAAGUCAGGAAACAAAUACAGCAGAGAUGAGGAAGGUUGAAGAUGAAGAACAAAUGCUGACAUGGGAUCAAACUUUACUUCCUAGAGGAAAUAAUAAAAAUAAAACCAACACAGAUGACCUAGAAACAAAGGACAGAUACUCAGGUAAGCUCAGAUUGGCAGCCAUAUCUAAAGCAAGCAAAAAGAUCCCAGCUAAGGAUUUAAGUCCCAGGAAACACGUAGCUACUAUCUUCUCCCAAAGUGAAAGCAAAUCUGGCUUUAGGAGACUAUCUCUUUAUAGACCAGAGGACAACAUACUAUCCCCUGAACCUAUUGUAAAAUCCACAGAGUCCACAGAUGAAAGCAGCCAGAUGAAUGUGGACAAAUCUGAGACCCUUCUCCAGGACACCACAGUAUCCAGCCCUGAACCUUCUGGUCAGUCCUGCAAUCAAAAGUCUGCUAGCAUUUUGCAACCACAUCUGAAUGGGUCACAUAGUGUCUUAGAAACACCACCAAAGAGUGAGGGUUCUAAAGCUCAGAUUUCAGGAGAGUUGGGAGCCCCGUCUCAGCUUACACUAACCAGCCCCUUAGAAAAAAACACUGGCCAUCAGCAGAGGUUAAAUUCUCCUCUCCCCCUAGAGGUUACACAGAAGUCUACAAUAAGCUCCCAUUGUCAGCUGCAGCACCGAAGUGUCCCAUCUCCAGAGUCAGAACCUGAGCCUCACCUCUACCGGUCAAAGAGUUUAAGAAACUUCAAUGUGCACAGCGACCUAUUGUGUGCAAGCCAUCCUCCCAAAGCCAGGGGGCGCCAUUUCUCUGAAAACACUUCCAUUGACCAUGCGCUGAGUCAACUGUCCCUCGAAGAUGGCUCCUUACCCAACAGUGGGUACAAUCGAAGAUUCAAAUCUUUUUCCGAGCUUCCUGCCUCUUACGAAAGUGAAAGUUGGACUUCGUAUAACAAUAGGACACGAGGUCCCAAGUCCACCUCAUCCAUUUCCAGGCCUAUUGACUAUGGAAUUUUUGGGAAAGAACAGCAGUUGGCUUUCUUGGAGAACGUCAAACGCUCACUCACACAGGGAAGAUUAUGGAAGCCAAGUUUCCUGAAGAACCCUGGCUUCCUCAAGGAUGAGGUUCUGAAUACUUCCGACCCGUCACAGUCAGAGCUGGUAGAUUCUCCUGCGGGUCAGGUGCCAGAAGAUGGCGUAUUUCCAAGUGAGCCACUUAAUAUCUACAAGGACGACCCAGUGGACCAGCCGGACUCAGACUGGGACACAGACACAACCACAGAUGAUGAGUACUACCUGGAUGAAAAUGAUAAAGAGUCAGAACUGUAAGACUUUUCUGAGAAACUGCAUAAUGCAACACAGUCAUGUUUUGCUUUUUACCAAAAGCUUACCAUGGAAAUUAGUCCAAUAAUUACAGACAGAUAUAAGAGAGCUGGUUUGGGCAGUUCUAUUCCAUUUUCUUCCCCUUCAGAAUUCUAAGAACAAUGCUCACUGGUUUUGAAGGGUUUUGUGUGCUUGUUUUCCCUGAUAUUUUUUUUCUGGUGUGUUUGGACUUUGCCCUCCUUGUCUCCUUCGGCUGCCUUAUCUCCUAAGUCACAUUCCAACGUUAGCACUAGUUUCCUCUUCGUAACUUCUCUUACCUCUAAUAGUUUAGGGCCAUGUCCGACCUUGUGACUUGUUAACUACACAGCACAGCUGCAAACCUGAAUUGCCUCUCUCUGUCCACAGCCUGAAUUCCAGAUAUUAAAUAUAACAUGGGGAAAGCAAUAGGGGGGUAAAAUGCUGUCACUUUGUGUGCCUAUGUUUAUGCAGUGUCUACACAGGCCAGCAGAGCGCACUGGAGCCCCUGGAAUGGGUGGAAUGGAUGGUUGUUAGGGGUCACAUGGGUGCUGGGAACCAAAGCUGGGUCCUCUGCAGAAGCUCCAAGUGCUCUUAGCCACUGAGUUCUCUCCAGCCACAUGAUAAACGGGCAUCCUUGCUAUGCCCUGUAGUGUGGGCAUCCUUGCACUCCUAUCGUGGUUUCUUGACACAGGUUUAGAGAACAUGAUAGGUUAUAAAUGAAGGGUUAGUCCCAUUAGUGCCCUCAGGGAUUUCUCUGAGACAGUUUGUAGUGAUUGACUGAAUUUUUGAGGGUGAAGUUUUCAUGCUUAAUGUUUGGGUGAAAUCCAAAUGAUGUAGGCAGUGUGGCCUGGACACAGAGACAUGGCUGACAGAUGGAGACAGCUCUUUAUUGGGCCAGCAUUAUUGCUGCUCUCUCAGUAACUGAUUUUUCUCAUUUCUUCAGACCUGUGCAUUUCCCAUUUCCUUAUUUAUAGCCCAGUCUUGAGCUUUGUAAAUUCUUCUCGCAUCAUUUCUUUAUUUAUUUGCCAGGCUCUGUAGUUUGAGGAUUUUUUACAUGAUGUUAGGAAUAUACAGAUAUAUAAUAGAUAUACACACCAAACACUCACUGAUAACUCAGAUUUAUUUUAAAACAGUUUUAUGGCUUACACAAAUUUACCAUUUGUUUAAGGUAAAAACCAAUGAGGUAGUUCUGUCUAACAUAGUGCAGCCUAUAAGGACAUAGUAACAUUACCCACAUGUGAGAAAUAAAGUAGACUUUUCAAAGUCAUUGUUGUCUAUAAUUGCAUUUCUAUAUGAGCAGAAAUCUUUGCAUGCACAGUGAAAACAGUGCAGUUCGUAACAGAAUAUCAGAUCUCUCGCCUUUCCCUCCUCUUCCUCCCUUCCUGCAUUAUUUCCUCCUCUCCCUCCUCCCAGUACAAGAUGCAUGCUGUGUGGUAUGUUUUGAGUCAAGGCAGCAGUAAGGUCAUAUCUUGCACCAUGGGUAAACACUACCAAGAUUCAUUAUGUGUUUAAUUUUGGGUUCAUUUUUGUUUGUCACACAUCCAGAGACCUUUAUUAUUGCUUUUUUUUUUUUCCAACCCUACACUCAAUUCUGUGAAGAUCCGCUGUUUAAGACGCUUUGGACUAAGAUGCUUUUGGUGAGGCAUUCAGUGGGAGCCUUGGAUGAGUCCUUAAAAUUCGAGGUCAGAUGUGAUGUCUGGGAACUACUUGGCUUCUCUGCUGAACCUUCUGUCAAACCCUUGGUGCAUUUAACUCUGAGCUCCUAAUGUAUUGUAAAUCACUGGUGACACCCAUUGCUAAUUUGUCUUCCGACCUCUUUAGUUGUUACAUAGAGCAUCUGGGACUAUCUCUGUAGGAUGCAGGUGGUUUAGAUCUGCAGCAUGGGAUCCUGGAUCUCAACACAGGACUGGAUUUUGUCUUGGACUACCUGCUUGUCAGGCUGAGGUAUUGGGAAAACAGUCACAAAAAUAGAAUAGUAUCUCUACUGUUUUAUAGUUUUAUGAAGUACUUCGUUGAAGAAGUAUAGAGAAUUUCAAGAAUUUCUUUGUGUUGUAUAUAAUAUGUAAACUGCUGGGUUUUUGAUGCACAUUUUGGCAUAGCUGUUGGUAACUUCAAUGACAGUCAUUUUAUAUUGUUGUUUUUCUAAAAUGUAUAAUCAAUAUUAAACUUUCUUGUAAAUGGAGUAAAACAGUAACUAAUCAAUACUAAUAAGUGCCUAGGUAAUUAUUAGCUUGUUUAAAUAUUAGGAUA